AUGAGUAAAUACGACUCAAAGUACCUCGAGGAGAAGCUCAAAAGGGAACUGCAGACGGAGUACGUGAGUGUUACGGACGAAUCAGACGGCUGUGGCGGCAAAUUCAGCGCCGUAAUCGUAUCGCCAGCCUUUAGCGGCAAGACCCUUCUCCAGAAGCAUAGAUUAGUCAACUCAACGCUGGCCGAAGAACUGAAAGAAAUCCAUGCAUUCUCCCAGAAAUCCUACACACCCGAAGAGUGGGAGAAAGUGAAAGCCCAAUAGUAGUACCAAAUAAAACAAAAAAAACAACGUCACACAUACAUAUACACGGGCGAUACAACAACAGCAAACACUAGCCGCAAAAACCUGUUGUUCGUUUUGCUGAUGGUUGGUUGCGCUUUCCGAUCGAAGAGACGAACAAGCCGAAAAACGCCAGUCGCACAAAGAAAGUGAAAGGGAAAGCACAGGAAUCGGCAAGCAGAAAUAGGAGUUACCGAAUAAACAACGCAAAUGAUCCACUAAAUGCAUAAGUUACAUAAAGAAAUACAGCCAUAAAAGUUUAAGUACUCGUCGCAGGUCGUCCGCUCGAAAGGCAUUAGCAUUACAAUUCGAAACAGCUGAUAUACCGAUAAAGCCAUAGCCAAACUGAAUACAGAACAAACAAUACACGGAGAUCAUCAAGAACAAUGCUGCUCAAGUUCCAGGUCCAUUCUCCGGGCAAGGUCAUACUUCAUGGCGAACACGCCGUGGUCUAUCAUCGUCCCGCCCUGGCCGCCGUAGUGGGUUUGGGCACUACUCUG